UUUUGGUGGGUUUCCCAUAGGAAAGUAUCCGCUUUCAUACCAGAACUCAUCACACGUCGCACACCACGGGCUCUGACCGCCGCUUAUGUGAUCACUCUCUGGACAGUGACCCACAAGUUGCUAAACGUGCGGACAAUUAAUUGCGAGGACAAGACAUUUCACUCAUCAUUAUCGCUGAUGACUGUCGAAGAGUUGUUCCUAUUGUUCGCAGUCAACCCGAAGCCAACGGUUCCCUUUGCAGACAUCACUCGCUGUUGUAUUGCAGGCAAAGAACGGGUGAUUUCCCGCUUUCAGGGGACAGAACGCCAGUGGGGUUACAGCGGAACCAGCGAUAGAAUCGGGUUUACAGUCGACCGACCAAUCUUUGUGACCGGUUUCGGUCUCUACGGCUCGAUUCACGGGCCGUCCGAUUACGAGGUGACCAUUCAGAUCAUACGCACGGACUCUGGCCAACGGUUGGCCACCGACGACACUACGUUCAGCUGCGACGGAACGGCCGCUACAUUCCGCGUGAUGUUCAAUACGCCGGUGGGGAUCGACGCCAACACUAACUACACGGCGUGCGCCACACUUAAGGGCUCGGACUCCCACUACGGCACUAAUGGGAGCCGUAAAGUGGUGUUUGAUUUGUCCCGUUCUGUGGGUAAAGUGGUAUUUGAGUUCAGUUGCGCCGCCGGUUGUAAUAACGGCACGACUGUAGAGGACGGCCAGAUUCCGGAGAUUAUGUUUUAUACAUAA